UCUCCCGCUCUUCUGGUAAGUUUCAAGAUGGCCGCGCCGCGUGGCGACUUACAGAAGAAUUUAAACGCUGGUUUCACUGAAUUUACAUCCUCAGAUGCGACGCAAGACACUCAGGGCGAGUUUGAAAGAAGCCAUACCCCUGGAUUUGGGCAUGAUGUUGACAGUACCUCAAGCAACCUUCAUGGCAUCCUGGAGCCCUCUAUUUUAUCCAUCUUUGAGGACACAUCCGCCUCCGGAGAGGUGAAGAACCUGAUAGAUGGUGAAAGUGAGGCUACACUUCUGUCUGCACUUUCAGAGAUGUUGGACAGUGUGAUUGAAGACACCUUAUCACCCUUUGACACACUGCCUGACACUGACCUUUUUGUGGGUCAAAGGAGUCACGACUCCAAGUUCAGAAGAUCGUCUGACAAAGAUGCAGCUCCUCGCAUAACCAGAUCCUCGCGCUCAUCAGUUUCAAACACAAAAGCAGAGGUUCUGCUUUCAGACAGGCAGUUGAGGCCAAGGCUUAACCAGAGGAUCCAAACAACAACUGUGCAGAGAAGUGAUGGCGAGGAGGAGGACCCUGCAGAGUCCAGAAGACGCCCCAUAAGAUCCUUCAGGAUUGAAUCUGACCCAGAACUGUAUCAGGAUGAGCAGCAGGAUGGAUAUGUGUUUGUGUCACUAGUGGAUCUUGUCAGGCACAUGCAUCCAUACAGCCUCAGGGUGGGUCUGGUUAAGGAAGAAGGUGUCAGGGAUGUCGGCGAGCUGCAGGAGGAGGACGUGUUUGUGGAUGUUGUGGGUGACGAUGAGCUGCAGGGCACGCAUGAUGCUAACGUGUCUGGGUUCAGUCCAGAGAAGAAAUUUCCCCAUCCACAAACCCCUGCUGCAGUUUCUAAAUCCAAAAAAGGUCUUAAUAAGGAAAUCUCAGUGGCAAGGUCAAAGGAGAUGUGCUCCUCAAGUUGUGGUGGACAGAAUAACAAUGAUGUCAGUAAUGAGAAACCUCACAAGAGUGUGUUAGCCACAAGUAGCGGUGCUGGAAGAGUAAAGAAAAAAGUUAGCUUUGCUCCUGAUUUGGCAUCAGUUCAUGAAUACCAGGUUGAAGAUGAUGCAUCUGAAUGUCACUGGUCAGAUACCCCAACCACAGAAGAGCUUAAAACGUCAACAAGCGAACCUUUUCAGCAUAAUAGUGCAAAACCGAAAUCUAUCAGUCUGCAGGAGUACCGUCUCCUUAGGGGGAAGACGCUUCCAAAGGAAGAGAGAAAGGUGGACUACAGGACCAAGUGGCCCUCAAUACCUGAACCGCCCUGUGAGCUUCCUCCCAUCCCUUGUAUACCAGGUUAUAGCUCAACUCAGGUUAACUCCAAAACCUCAUUUACUAAUGCCGGGGUCUGUGCUUCAGGCUCUCCAACCAAGCCCAGAAGAGAUCUUCACAUGCCUGUUAAAUCACCUCCAAAGCAGAAAGCUGUGCAAGCUGUUGAUCCACCAAAUCCUGUCAUUGUGCCCCUUCCAACACUAGUUCCCAUACCUGCUAAGACCUCAUGGUCAUCUGAAGAGCAAAGUGUUGCGCAACAGAAAACUGCUGCAAACAGUCAGCCCGCACAUUUAAACCCUCAGCUGCGAUCUGCUGCGUCCCAAACUUCAAAAAAUCUGAAUCAGCCCGGGUCUCAUAACCAAGAAACACUUUCUUGUGGAAGUUGUCCACUUGCUGAAGUACCACAAGCAGAGUGCUCCUCAACAAUUAUCAGCACCACUAAAACAAACGCCUCUCCUCAGUCUUUACCCACUAUGGGCAGGUUAUCACAGACAUCUCUGAGACGACGCCCUCUUGUGCAGAUACCCACAAAUGUCAGAGAUCACUGUGCAGAGGAACAAAGACAGGAAUCUAAAGGUGAAAUAGGAAUACAGGCUACUGAUGUAACUAGUCUUUUGGAGCAAUUUGAGACACAAGGACUCACCCCUCCCGCCACACCUCCCCAUCAAAUUUGGAAGCCUCAAGCACCUAGUCACAGGGCAAAGCAACACGAGGCUAUCAAACCAUCUCCCAGCAAAGCCAUCCAAAUCAUUGAGCCUCGGCCGUUGCCCCCUAGCAGGGUUCACUCAAAGCCCCAACAAUCUACCUCUGUGCCUGCUCCUAGCUUGUUUCUAGCAUUUAGGGACCAUGACUACUGCGGAACUCAGGAGAUAAAAGACUGCAACGUGAGGUCAUUUUCAGCCUUAGAUGCACACAAAAAAUCUCUUAAAGAGCAAAGGAGUCACACAAGCCAUACAUCACUGGACCACAGGACUUUUUGUGAGGAAGAGCUUAUCCCUGGCUCAGUUCUCCUGUCUCCAGAGAGCUCCCCCUGCAGGUUAGAGGAAGGCAAUCCAAGUGCAGUUGAAGAAGGUGAAGCAGAUUCACGACAGUCUUUUCACCACUCCUUGCGUUCUGCAAGGCUUCCAGCUAGGGGCAGGACAAGGAGAAGGCACUACUAUGGUAGUUAUCAUUCUGACUCAAGUUCAGUGUCAUCUUCCCGUUCCUCCUCCUGUUCUUCCUCAGCUUCCUCUUCAUUGUCUCCUUCACCACCCAGAAAGAGGCGAAGAUCAAGGCAUUCCAAGAGCAGCACAAGCUCCUCCUCUCGAUCCAGUUCUUCUUCUUUGUCCCCUUCUCCAAUCCGCAAGAGGCAGCGCCGCUACACUCGAUCAUCCAGAUCCUAUAGUCGCUCCCGUUCUCGUUCCCGAUCCUGUUCCCGCUCCUAUUCCCGGUCCAGAUCCCGCUCCCUCUCACCUCAGCGAGACUGGAGGAAUAAGUGGAGCAGGUGGAAGAGGCAGAGAGAACAGUGUCAAGGCAGAUGGGAAGAGGCCCAUAGGAUUCGCAAGCAGAAAGCCAUUGAGGAACGUAGGGUCGUGUAUGUGGGAAGAAUACGUGGUACUAUGACUGAGGAUGAGCUCAGGGAUCGUUUUGCUCUUUUUGGAAAAAUUGAGGACUGCACUGUCCACUUCAGAAGCCAUGGGGACAACUAUGGAUUUGUUACAUAUUACAACACAGACGAUGCUUUCGCUGCCAUAGAGAGCGGGACAAAGCUAAGACAGCCAGAUGAGCUCCCCUUUGACAUCUGCUUUGGUGGGAGAAGACAAUUCUGCCAGUCAAAUUAUGCAGAUUUAGAUGCAAAUCGUGAUAUUGACUCAAGCUCCGUGAAGAAGACUUAUGAUUCACUUGACUUUGACACGCUGCUGAAACAGGCCCAGCGAGGGGUAAAGAGGUAGCCCUGUGCGUCCCUCUGGAGGAUGAAGGGAUGUAGAGAAGGAGAAGAAAUAAUUAUGGAGUGUGAUGGAAAGAGACCAGCACUACCUCAGAUCUCUCAAAGAGCUUGCACUUCUUGGCACUAAAUUUUACUUUUAUGUAGCUUUCAAUUUUGACCUUCAAGUUAACAAACCUUCUGUUAUAGUGAGCCUUUAAUAGAGAUGGAAAAACAGUUUGAAGUGUAUAAAAACAGAAAAGCUUUAAAGAUAAUAAAAAUUGCUAUCAUAAUUGAAGUAUUGUCUGUAUUUGGCAAAUAUUUGUAUGUAAUAAUUUGCAAAACAUUUGGAAUGAGAGUGUUUUUUUGACUUGAAUUAAAAAUGUUCAUGCUUGAACUCUUAAACAUUA